GACCCGAGAUACAAGAACCCUAGCCGCCGCUGGGCGCUGCUGAGCUCCGUUGUUCCACUUACCAGUUACCAACGACCACUGCCCUCACCGUCCGUCCGUGACAGCCAGACGCCGCCUCUUCCCACCGCCGCGACACCGUCGUCCAACUGCCCGACGCCCCCACCGUCCACAUUCAUCUUUUCAGAAUUUUAAGUUCAAUCCAAGGCAUUGCAGAAGCAACCUCUGCCGAGGGAUCUAAGGCACCUUGCAUUUUGCGAUGGCAAAGUUGAAGAGAAGCGAGGAAGGUAAUGAGGGAAACAAGAGGAGGAAAAUAAGUCGUUCCAAGAAGUCUAACAAGGAGGAGAGGGGAAGGAGAAGGCAUGGGCCCAGCUUGCCCAAUGUCCUCCGUAAACAGAUUGCUCUUCAGAAUGAGUCAGACACUGAUUCUGUGCACUCUGAUGUCGUUGCUGAUAAUAAUCUGUACGAGAACGAUGAAGAUGUUGCCGAGGAGGAUUCUAAAAAGAAUAAAAGAUAUGAUCCUGUAGGUAAUUACCUCAGCGAGCUGCUUGACCUUCCUGAAAACUUCAAGGAUGUAGAUGUGACAUCUGAUGAUGAAGACUAUGAAGAUGAUGAGAACAAUCAAGACAUUGAUGAUGUUGAGGAGGAUGCUGGUGAAAGGCAUUCACGGAUGCUGCAGGGAAUAACUGGUCUGCCCAGUGAUGCAUUUGCAGGGAAGAAGAAAUGUAAUGAUAUAAUAUUUGAGGCCUACCCAGAGUCUGAAUAUAAUCCUAGCCAUGAUAUUCUGGAUGGUGAUGGCCGCAUUAGCAUUGACGAUCUUCUAGACCCUCUACGUAAGAAGCCAGCCUACAACAAAAUUAGGCCGGACAUAGAAAGAAUGAAAGAAAAAGCCAUGUCCAUUCAUGCACCUCUCCCUAGACCAGAUCAAGAAAGACUGGAAAGGAAAGCUGCCUAUAAACACUCCAAAAAGGACAUUACAAAAUGGGAACCAUUGGUCAAAAGAAACAGAGAAGCAUCUACUAUCUAUUUUGAAGAAGACAUAGACUUGGGAUUUUCAACUGUAGGUGCAAUAGCUGCUGACUUUAAACCAAGAACAGAUUUUGAAAAGAAAAUUGCUUCUUUAGUUGGUGACAGUGGAAUAGUUGAAGCACACAAGAAUGAUGGUGCAAGACUUCUUGAACUAAAUAAGUUAAGCUUUGAAGAGGUGAAGGAUCGCCAAAAUCGACUGGCUAAAAUGCGCAGCCUUCUUUUCCGCCAUGAAAUGAAAGCAAAACGGCUCAAAAAUAUUAAGUCCAAAACAUAUCAUCGUUUGCUGAAGAAAGAUAGAUUGAAAUCAGAAAAUACUGCAGAGACAGAUCCUGAAAUUGCCAAAGAAUUGGCUAUGAAACAAGAGUUUAAAAGGGCAGAGGAACGCAUGACUCUGAAACACAAGAAUAAAUCCAAAUGGGCAAAGCGCAUCAUAAAACGUGGUUUGUCAGUACAAGAUGAAGGAACACGUGCUGCUGUGACUGAGCAACUGAACCAGCAUGCUGUGUUAACUAGGAAGAUGAACUCUAUGAAUGAGGGUAGCAGCACCAGUGAUGAUAGCAGUGAUGAAGAUGACAUAGAUGAUAUUUCAGCUGGCUCUGAUGGGGAUAUUGAAUUUAAAGUGUUAAAUAAAGCCAAGGAGAAGACACUUAAAGCACUCGAAGAGGAUGAAGAUUUGCCUACUACAGGAUUGUUGUCUUUACCUUUCAUGGUUCGCAGUGAGAAAAAGAAGAAGGCUGCAGCUGAUGAAGAAGCAAAUAUCGCUCUUCAAGAGUAUGAAGCAUCAUUGAAUGCGUUGAAGGACAAAAGUGUCGCUGAAACUCGAGAAGCGAAUGUUUUGAGUGGUAGGAGGGUCUUUGGGGCUUCCAAGAAACAGGUUCAUCCAAAACCUAGUGAUACAAAGAAGAUGAAAACAGAUAAUUAUUAUGACGACAGCAGUAGUGAAAGCAUGGACGGUGAUGAAGUAAAAGAUGAUGGGCAUGCCAACAAGAAUAAUGCAACUCAAGAUGUUUCUUUCCAUCCUAAUCUGCUUUGUGAGGAGCCUGAGACAGACCAUUAUCCUAUUUUAAAGAGUUUUGAGGAUAUUGUUAAAAACCCUGGGCCCAAGACAACAUAUGAAGUAGCAAUUAUUGCAUCCAAGGAAAAUAAAAAGAUGAAACACUUACCAAAUAAGAAUGAACAUAAACUCUCAAGGAAUGUCUCUGCUGCUGACACUAAAGAGACCACUUUAUCUGCAGUACAAGAAGGCAAUGCAGAGGAAAUGGAUGAUGCCAGUGAUACAGACAGCGGAGGACAAAUGGUUGACGGGAUGUUAUGUUCAGGCGAUAAGUCAACUUAUAAACUCCCAUCUCAGGAAGAACUUAUCCGUCGUGCUUUUGCGGGUGAUGAUGUUGAAGAUUUGUUUGAGAGAGAAAAACAUAGUAUAUUGAGUGAGGAAGUUCCAGAACCCGAAAAGCCCACUUUACUUCCUGGAUGGGGUCAGUGGACAAGUGUACAGAAAAAGAAAGGUCCACCUUCUUGGAUGCUUGAGGAACAUGAGAAUGCCAAAAUUAAAAGGGAAGAAGCGCUCAAGAAAAGGAAGGAUGCCCAUCUUAAACAUGUUAUAAUCUCAGAGAAGUGGGACAAAAAGGCUGAGAAAUUACACACAAAGACAUUGCCUUAUCCCUUCACAUCCAAAGAUGUAUUUGAGCAGAGCAUUAGGAUGCCAAUUGGACCUGAGUUCAACCCUGUAACAGCAGUUGCAGCACUCAAUCGGCCAGAGGUUGUGAAGAAACCUGGCAUGAUCAUAAAACCUAUAAGUUAUGAGGAUGUGGAUCCUCAUGAAAGACAUGAUGUCGAGCAUAAGCGUGUCGUUGUUGGUGGUGGUGGAGAUAAGCGGAAGCAGAAGAAAGGUAAAAAAGGUGGUGCAAAAGCCGCAGCCUCAAAGACGACUCGGUCCAAGCCAAAACCAUAGAGUUUGGCUGGAUAUUUUUAUUUUUUACUGUAAAAUACAAUCUUUUUUGUAGUGAUAGAUAUACUUUGACUGCAAAUAUUUAAAUCAAACAUUGUUUUCUCCUAUACCAUAGUUUUCUUGUCAUAAAAAAAUGGUAUCCAUCUUACCAUGUAUACCUUGUGAUUUCAUUAUAUGAAGUAUUCGAUUUUUGUUUCGAUUCCAUUCUUGUAAUCCUUUUGUUCCAAGAUGAACUUUAGGGAGAUGAAGACAUUGAUAAAAGUAAAGAGUGGUUUGAAUU